CAGCCACUAGGCCCCUGUUUUACUCUCCGUUCCUCUCCUGUGAACCUGACCUUCCCAGCAUCACUCCCUAAGUUGUACUGCAAACACGCGAAACAAACGAAAGGCGGUACGAAAUGGACGUCACUCACGUCAGGAAUUCGUGGAAAACCAGCAUCAACAGGCAGAACUCCUCUCGGAGAAACAUGAAGCUUCUCCUGAAGGGACUACACGACCAGAUUCAUCAACUGGAGGAUGGCGGGAAUGCCGUUCCCAUGGCAACCGUCGCACGACACCAUCGCCUCGGCCGUCUGACAGAAAUCCUCGAUGACGUCAUUGAUAUCCUGAAGACACUGAGGAGAGCCAUAAAAUCGUCUGAAACAAACAGCGACUCUGUCGUGUGGGGAAAUAUUGCCAACAUGGCGGCCGAGAUCUCACAGGGUAGUUCACAACUCCUUGAUGCUUCGAACAAACUUCCAAACCCUUCGGAAACGGACGGCCACGCGAUUGAGCAAAGUUUAAUAGACAUUCACACGGCGAUAGAGGACAUUCUGAAGCAGUUGCGAUCCUUGACCGAAGAAGGCCGACGAUGCACCGAUAAUCAGCUUCGGGAAAUGUUCGGCAACCCUCGACUCCACCCAAGAACUGUCGACGCCCUCCAGCGGAAAUUACCGGAAAGAUACAUCCGGGACAUUCCAGAUGCUAUGAGAGAACCGAUGAUUGGUGAAGACAACGGACUAUAGAAAAAUAUACAAACACUGUAUAACUUUAUUAAUUAAAUCGUGUAUGUGGUGUAUAGAACUUGU